AUGUUUGAGGACGAAAAGGGUUGUCCUCGACUACAGACUCGACUGGGUCACCUCUCCUACGUUUCCUCGGUGGUCCGCGCAAGACGGCGGACGUACCACGUGCAGACCGGUACCCAAAAUAGCAGAAUACGUGUAACAGCACUCGCGGAGCUGAUGUCUGAGCUGACCAGUGGAGAGGAUGCAAAGAGCUACAGGCAGCGUCUCUGCCGCCUCAUGGUGCACGUGCUGGCAUGGGUUUUAUGUCUUAUCAGCAUUGUCGUGAGCGCCAUGGCAGUCCACUACCUAUCAGAGGCUUGUAUCACUCAGAGUCCCUUCAAAGACACGGAGCUGGUGCUGCCUGCAGUGGUGUCGGCCAUUAACCUCUUACUGCCCGGUCUCUUCAACCUGUGCACUUGGGUAGAGAAUUACGACUCACCCAGCGUAUGCGUCUAUGUCUCCAUCUUCAGGCUUGGGGUGCUGUUUGCUCCACUGCUUCCUGCAGUACAGAUCCUAAAACUCUUUGUGCUAUUUUACAUGAAGAAGAGCAGUUUAUUGCUUAACUGUCAGGCAUCAAAACAGCCCUGGAGAGCCAGUCAGAUGACAACACUGUUUGUUUCUCUUUUGUUCUUCCCCUCAUAUCUCGGCGCUGCUGUGUCUGUCACUUAUACAAUUUGGAUGAUUAAACCCUCGACAGAGUGUGGCCCUUUCAGGAAUCUCACCACAAUGUUUCAAUCGGGCAAGCUGUGGGUCCAGCAGCUGGAGAGCUCCAACACGUUCCUGUUCUGGCUCAGCAAGGCCUACGACUUACUGGUGGAGCACCCACUGUUCUUGUUCCUCGUCAAUGGAGUCUUUCUAAUAAUGAUAUACGUUCACAGUCAAGUUGUCGAUGGCCAAAGGAGGAUCGUCAGUCAGUUACAAAAGCAAAUUGAAAAUGAAGGCAAAGACAAAAAGUUCCUCAUCACCAAUUUGCAAGCCCUUUAUGAACGGAGUAAUCUGGUUUCCCCUAACCGAUAAGGAAGGUAUUCGCAAUGCUGUAUUUCCUCCUAGUGGUCGUAACAUGUUCUGGUUCGCACGCUUUUUUUUUGCUUUUACUGACCUCACGUUCAAGCUGGAAAGGAAGUUGUGCGACCACUUUCUUACUUCUAAACAUUUACACCAUUCUGUACCACUUGAAAUAAAUGAACUCACUGGUGUUAAGCAAACUCAAGUACAAGCAAUGAGAACACAAGUAAAAGCCAAACCAGUAAUAUGUGUGCUAUUUUCAAAUAUAUUCCACAAUGUUUGCAGUGGUUAAUAGAAGAACAUGAACUAACACCGGCUGUUAGCACUAUAUAUGAUAUUUAGCAUAAUAUAUGUCAAAACAUACUUUUAUGUUAGAUUCUGUUGAAGUUUAUGCAUAAUGAUCUUGAAUAUGUUGUAUGAAAAUAAAUAAAUUUGAACACAUCUUGA